GUCAUUUUCUUUCUUGUCGGUCAGGUAUGUUAAGCGUUGGUUACAUGUACCUCUUGACUUUCGAGUAAAAUAAUAAGUUUAAAAAUCGUUUCUUAAAUAUCUAUUACAGUGAAUCAAUUAAUAUUUGCGUUUCCGAAUUUUUGCAGCAGUGUUCAAAAAGCAGUAAAAAUUCGUCACUUGAAUCAGACGACUGUUGUCUCAGUUCCGGAGCCCAGCUUCGGGAAAGUUAUCAGAUAUCCAUAGAUCCAAGUCAGCCGACGCCGACCUUGGCGUAAUGGCUCUAGAACAGGAGAACGGGCCGCUCGCGACUCUCUCCAGAAACUUCCGCGAGCAAAUCGUGAUGGCUGAGGCAGACGACGACGUGAGUAUCCAGCUUCAGAGUGGAUUUCUACAUAUGUUUUUUUUGUUAUUCUGUAUAUUUGAUAAAAUUUAUACAUGUUAUGAGUUUAGUACGACAAAUAUAUCAUUACGACAAAAUAUAUCAUUACUAAAAUGAAAGAAUAUACAACCAAUCUAGGGUUGUAUAUUUGUACCAGCUACCCGUCACGGAUUCGCUUGGAUAAAUUAUAUUAAUGUGGUGUUAUUUAUAUUGAUGUGAACGGCAGAGUCGUGAAGGGAUGCCUUCUACGAAGGUUUAUUAACCAAAUUGGCAAUAUAUUGAAAAUGGGCCAGAUUAGGAAUACCCUUAACCGACGAGCGUGUGUGCGUAGGUAUAUGAUCGUGCCAAAUGGAAGUCCGUAGUCUCUGCCUAUCCCUCUGGGUGACAGGCGUGAGUGUUUAUGUUUUUUUUAUGUAUGUUUAUGGUAUUUAGAUUUAAAAUAAUUGACAAAGACCGUUUAUUUUAUAAUUUUUUCAGACUCGCCUACAUUUUAUCCAAGUUUUUCGGAUAAAAAUGUAAUCGAGAUCACUCCUGGCUUUGCUUUCUAUCUGUUCGUGAAGUUUCAUUACAAUCGGUUCAGCCAUUCAGAAGAUAAACAAAAACACGAGGGUUGCACUAAAGGUAUCGGGAAUGGAAUAUUUCUACUGUUCCUGUCAUAUUAAAAUCUUUUUAAUUGAAAACCCCGUGGUUUUAAAAAUCGUAUACCAUUUAUUUAUUUUAAAAAAGUUUCUCGGUUUUGUCACAAGGUUUUGUCAAACUUGUUUAGUCGUUGAGAAAAUGGAAUUGACUCGAGAAAAUUCAAGAGCGAUGAUUUAUUAUGACCUUCGAAGUGGUUUAACACAAAAACAGUGUGUUGACCGGAUGAUUUCUGCAUUUGGUGAUGAAGCCUCAUCCAAAACCACAAUUUAUCGCUGGUUUGCUGAAUUUCAACGUGGACGUGUCAAGCUCAGUGAUGAUCCCCGUCAAGGUCGUCCAAAAACUGCAGUCACCCAAGAAAACGUUGAUGCUGUGCGUAAGCUGAUUGAGGAAGAUCGACAUGUGACAUACCGCGAAAUCCAGGCAACUUUAGACAUUGGCAUGAGUCAAAUACAAAUAAUCUUGCAUGAACAAUUAGGUGUAAAAAAGUUGUUUUCCCGAUGGAUACCGCACUCGCUCUAUGAAGAGCAAAAAGCGGCUCGCGUUACUUGGUGCGUCAGAACUCUCGAAAUAUUCCACGCAGGAUCCUCAAAUGCUAUAUACAACAUCGUAUCAGGUGACGAAUCCUGGAUAUACGCAUACGAACCCGAAACAAAAAACCAGUCACGAGUUUGGGUGUUCGAAAAUGAGUUAAAGCCAACAAAAAUUGUUCGUUCACGGAGUGUUGCAAAAAAAUGGUGGCCACGUUUGUCUCCAAAACCGGCCAUGUUACGACUAUUCCUCUUGAGGGACAAAGAACGGUUAAUGCAGAAUGGUAUGCUAACAUUUGUUUGCCACAGGUCGUUUCUGAACUCCGUAAAGAGAACUGCAACCGCCGCAUCAUCCUCCAUCACAACAAUGCGAGUUCUCACACCGCACACAGAACAAAAGAGUUUUUAGAGCAAGAAAACAUAGAAUUAUUAGACCAUCCGCCGUACAGCCCCGACCUAAGCCCUAAUGAUUUCUAUACUUUCCCUAAAAUAAAGAAUAAAUUGCGUGGACAGAGAUUUUCAUCACCUGAAAAAGCUGUGGACGCCUACAAAACGGCCAUUUUGGAGACCCCAACUUCCGAAUGGAAUUUUUGCUUCAAUGAUUGGUUCCAUCGUAUGGAAAAAUGUGUCAAAUUUCGCGGAGAAUACUUCGAAAAGCAAUAAAUACAUUUUUAAAUCGUAAUGUUGUGUCACUUCCUUGAUUCCCGAAAUUUGCAGUGCCGCCCUCGUAACACAGACAGACUGGCAUUAAUUUUAAAAUUGAUUAUGCCUUUAUAAACAUGCAAAUAACCCCAUUAGCUUAAUAUAACGCAGUCAUUUCAAUGUUACAUACAGACACAUCUAUUUAAUUAUAUACAACAUUAAAAAAGUAUAAUAAAAAAACUAAUACUAAUAGCUUAAUUAUCAUACAGUCCUACUCCCAGUGGUAUCGAGCCAAGAACGCUGGCCGUGUUUCCUCGCUAAAUGGCUAUACUUAGCCUUUGAAUGAAAAAAGGAGCAGCCCAGCGACGACCAGGCGCUGGUAGACUUCCUUUAGGAAUUUGAACUAAUAUCUAUUUAAUUUAUAUAUUUUUAUUCAUAUUAUAAAGUUAUAUUAAAACUAGAAUAACAGAGAAAAAAGGUCUUUGUAAAAUAUCAUUAUUUCAUAAGAGUUAUUACUAAACAACAGAAAAAAAUUGCCAUGUCAUAAAGAAAAAGCUGAUUAAGUAAUUUGAUAUUAAAUAACGUGUUUUGUUAAUUUAAUGUUGGCAUGAUUAAUUUUUUUUUGUUUAUUACACGUCGUGGCUAGCAGAGUAGAGUAGAGAACGUAGAAAUGCGAUAAGAGAAACGACAAAGCUAUCCGACGUAAAAAUAUUAAGUCGUAUAUUUUAACUUUAAAAUAGCUGUAACAAAAAAAGUAAAUAUGGCGGAUAAGUUAGAUUAAAAAUGAGUAAGUUUUUUUUUUUAGUAUUAAUUUACAAUGCCGUAUGAAAAUCCACCACAAUAGGGGAAUCAUUAUCAUUCCAUGGUAGUCGUAAGAGGCGACAGAGCAAAACUGAAACAGGUGACGAUCAGCAGCGUCUUCUUGUUAAGAGUUCACAUAUAACUGCGGUUGCCAAUCCUCCUGUCAAGCGUAGUAAUAUGGCAAAACCCGUCCUAUGACGCCAUCUAUAUGAGAGGCCUAUGUUUAACUGUGGACUUAUGAUAGCCUGUAAUGAUUCAAAACACUGGAACUAGAAUAUGCUCCGCAAAUUUGAUAAUUUCAAACUUCUUCCGAAACUAUAUAUUGCAACAGUGGUAGAGCCACGCUGCAGCUGUAUUGUGGUUGUAGCACGAAUGGGUCGGCUCGACCGGGUAGGACCGCGUUCUCACAGAAUACCAGCGUAAAAUAGCAGCUUAUUGCUACUGUUUCGUAUGGUGAGUGCAGAGAACCGGAGACCCUUUUUACUGUAAACAAUGUAUUCCAUCUUAGUCCUCAGUGAUGACAACGUAACUGCAUUUUGAUUCUUAAUCGAAAAUAAAUAUAGAUGUCUGUUGACCAUAGCAUCCACUUACCACCUGGUCGACUGUGUGCUCGUUUGUCAUCCUUAUUCUAUG